AUGAAGGCGGUUUGCGGGUUCAACUUUGCCGGUACACGAAGCAAAGCCGCCGAUUUCGAUCCCCAGAAGAGUUGGGCCGAGCUCUCCCCGCAUACGACGUGGGAUUCCGCUGGUAUGUCCAACGGGCUUAUCCAGGACCUGGCCACUGCCGUUGUGCACCGGUUCAUCUGCUACAAUAUUACCGGCAAAAAGAAGGCGACAAAGAGAUUGCCCUCUCCAAGCGUGGACUACAAGCGCUCGGACAUUUCGUUACCGCACUCGCUCGCCACUUCGACGUCACUCCGGAAGCAUACAGAUUACAUGGGGAAAUGGCGCUUCAGGACAAGUCUGAGAUGCGGUGUAUCAACUUUAAUAAGCUCAAGCAGGCUGACCUUAUUCUGA